AUGGCUCCUCCCGCCUUGAGGAGCCUCCUCAUCGGGGCUCUGGCAUGUCUUCCUGCCCUAGCUUCAGCACAGCGCAACUACUCCACGGCCGAUAUGCUGCGUGCACAGCUGACGCUUCUCGACGACCGGCCCUCUGAUUGCCCGCCUUGCUUCAACUGUCUCCUCCCUGCCCACAAGUGCACCCAGUUCGCGGGUUGCAACGACUUUACCGGCAAAUGCAACUGUCCCGAGGGCUUCGGCGGCGAUGACUGCCUCGAUCCACUAUGCGGAUCUCUGUCCCGUGGCGGUAACACCGAUAGACCUCGGCGGACUGGCGACUUUUGCGACUGCGACGACGGCUGGACCGGAAUCAACUGCAAUGUCUGCACGAGUAACCAGGCCUGCGACGCCCUCAUGGAGACCAAGGAGGGUGGUGUUUGCUACCAGAACGGCGAGGUUAUCAACCACAACUACCAGAUCUGCGACGUAACCAACAAGAAGAUUACCGAUCUUCUUGGUGAGAAGCGCCCUCAGGUUACCUUCACCUGCAAGAAGGAGGAGGGCAACUGUGAUUUCCAAUUCUGGGUUGACGAACGCGAGUCCUUCUACUGCCACUUGAACGACUGCUCGUCCACUGCCGAUAUCAACGACAGCCAGAACAGCACUGACUACAAGUGCAACAAGAUCGAGUGCAACUGCAUCCCUGAUCGCAUGCUCUGCGGCGAGAACGGAUCCGUCGACAUUAGCGAUUUCUUGGUCGAAGAAAUCAAGGGCCCCGCCGAGUUCCAGUGCUUACAGAAGAAUGGAGGCAUCAACAACUGUGCUUUCAGGGAACCUGCCAUGGACGACCUGAUCCUUUCCUUGAUCGGCGACAGCAGCAUUCAGCUGAACUGUCGCUCUGGAGAGUGUCUCUACCACACUGAAGUCCCCGGUUACGAACGGCCCGUCAAGAAGAUCAACACCCCGCUGAUCGCCAGUGUCAUUGCCGCAUGUUCCUUGUUCGUUGUCGCCAUCAUCUUGCUUACUUGGUACCUUUCUCGCCGGCAGUUCAAGUACGGCGCCAUUGUGCUGGACGACUCUGAUGACGAGAGCUUGAAGCUCAUGGCUGAUCACAAGCCCGCCUCUCUCUACUUCGAGAAUGUUGCUUACGAUCUCAAUGGAAAGCGUAUCCUGAACAACAUCCAGGGCAUGGCCCACCCUGGGGAGGUCACUGCCAUCAUGGGCGCCUCUGGAGCUGGCAAGACCACGUUCCUCGAUAUCUUGGCCAGGAAGAACAAGCGUGGACAGGUCUCUGGCGACUUCUACGUCAAUGGCGAAAAGGUUACCGACACGGACUACAAGAACGUUAUUGGUUUUGUCGAUCAGGAAGACACUAUGCUGCCUACUCUGACGGUUCACGAGACAAUUCUAACUAGCGCCCUCCUCCGCCUGCCUCGUAACAUGGGCCGCGCCGCCAAGGAACAACGGGUGUUCGAAGUCGAGAAGCAGCUUGGUAUCUACCACAUUCGCGAUUCGCUUAUUGGUUCCGAGGAAGGCAAGGGCCGUGGCAUUUCUGGCGGAGAGAAGCGCCGCGUUGGCAUCGCCUGUGAACUUGUCACGAGCCCCUCUAUUCUGUUCUUGGACGAGCCCACCAGUGGUCUGGACGCCUACAAUGCCUUCAACGUUAUCGAGUGUCUGGUUACCUUGGCCAAGAACUACAAGCGUACCGUAGUCUUCACGAUUCACCAGCCUCGGUCCAACAUCGUUGCCCUCUUCGACAGGCUGAUCUUGCUGGCCCGAGGUGGCGCGGUCUACUCGGGUCCCUUCUCUCAGUGUCAGGGGUACUUUGACCACAUCGGCUACUCGUGCCCCCCGGGCUUCAACAUUGCCGACUACCUCGUGGACCUCACCAUGCACGCAGGUUCUACCACUUCUGAAGAUGACGGUGCUCUGAACGCCGAUGUUGCUAGUCUGGGCCCGAGCAGCACCACCGCCGUCAAGUCCAUCGCCAGCAUCUCUGGCGGGUCCAUUAACGAGGAUAGCGGCGUAGAAUCCUCAUCUUCGCGUCCCAAGAACAAGCGCCGGGAUUCAGUCAAGCUCCGCCAAGAGCGGGAGCUCUUUACCCGUCGCAAGAACAACGUUGAUACCGCUGCUUCCUCGGAUGCUGGCGGAGAGGACGUUGGAUCCUAUAAGCUGCAGAACCAGCCUGGCUUUGUGCCGUCUAUCAACGCCGAGGAUCCUCAUGACCUUCCCCCUUCGGCGUAUGUCGGAAAUGAGUUGGAUGUCCUAAUCCGCUCCUUUGCCGAGUCCGACAUUGCAGGCUCCACGCACGACGAAAUCCAGCAAUCCAUCACCGCUGCUCAGGGUGCCAAUGGACAGAACACUACCAACGGAUACAACCCAGAGGGACCGAACAUCCACAUUAGCGCCAUCGGCAAGGGUUACGCUCGCGUGGGCUACACCCGCCAAUUCGUCAUUCUGUCUCAGCGAACCUGGAAGAACCUGUACAGGAACCCUAUUCUUAUGUUGACUCACUACGCCAUCGCGAUCCUCCUCGCAGUUCUCUCAGGCUAUCUGUUUUACGGGUUGACUGACGACAUUCCGGGAUUCCAAAACCGUCUGGGCCUGUUCUUCUUCCUGUUAGCCUUGUUCGGUUUUAGCACCCUGACCAGCUUGAAUGUCUUCGCUACUGAGAGGCUCUUGUUUGUUAGAGAGCGUGCAAACGGCUACUACUCGCCCAUCACCUACUUUGCGGCCAAGAUCUUGUUCGACAUCAUCCCGCUACGAAUCAUCCCGCCCCUUCUCAUGGGCGCCAUCAUCUACCCCAUGACGGGCUUGGUUCCCGAUGCCAGCCACUUUUUCAAAUUCAUCCUCGUUCUGGUCCUGUUCAACUUCGCCGCCGCCGCGAUCUGCUUGUUCAUUGGCAUCGUCUGCAAGGACGGCGGAGUGGCCAACCUGAUUGGCAGCUUGGUUAUGUUAUUCAGCUUGCUCUUCGCUGGACUACUGCUCAACCACAACGCGAUCCCAAAGGCUGCUCUCUGGCUACAGACGCUUUCUAUUUUCCAUUACGGGUUUGAGUCGCUCAUCGUCAACGAGGUGCUGCAACUCACCCUUGUGGACAAGAAGUACGGUCUGGACAUUACUGUCCCAGGAGCCGCAAUCUUGAGCUCUUUUGGUUUCAACAACGACGCCCUUUGGACCGACGUUGUCUGUCUCGGCACCUUUGGUGUUGUCUUCCUUUUCCUAGCUUACGCCGCUAUGCACUUCCUCCUCGUCGAGAAGAGGUGA